UGGAAACGAAAUGGGGGAAGCCGAAAAACGAAAUGAAAGGGGUAUAACGCGGAAUAUAAUGAGUUGGUAAAACGCAGAAAGAAAGAUUAAACGCAGAAAUGAGGGUAAAACACGGAGUACAGGCAAAACACAGGGAAAAAUAAGAUAGUUAUGUACGUGUACUAAAUCAAACAGAAUCAGUGGCGUAUUACUCAUUAGGCGAAGGGGCUGUUUAAAUGGAGCCGGGUUUGCCCGCUUAGCGGAAAUGGUAAGCGAGAUGUUCAUCUAUGAUGACGUUCAUCUCGCUUACCGAGACGUUUUUAUGGCGCGCCGAUACAGACAAAAAUACUUUUUCUAAAGAUGAAACUUCUAUUUCAAAUUUAUUACUGUGUUUAAUAUAAAAUUAUAGCACUUUCUGAAAAGUUUAAUACUAUAUUGCUGCCUGCAGUACGCCACAUGUAAUUUCCAGUAAAACUUCAUGUUGUCGAAUUUCGAUGUAAGUUGUAAGAUGGCGGACAAAAUGAUAGACAAACUAAUGAAGGCGGUUAAAGCUAUAAAAGAAACCCCUUCUGUUGAACAAAAUAUGAAGAAAGAAGAUUCAAAAAUAUCAACAGAGGAAGCUCUUGGUAAUUUAUUUCCAAGCAUAAGUGCUGCUUCAUCUAGUCGUCGAAAUGAAUUAACUUAUGGAUAUAAUCCAAAAGCUAACUACGUGUACCAAAGAAAGACUUUAAACGAUAUGGCUUUUCUUCAUCUUCAUCAUGUAGUCAUACAAAAAGAAAACCAACUGAAGUAAAAAGUUGAAGUACCUGCUCAAGGACUUUAUUUUACUACCAGGUCCCAAGGUGGAGACUGUGCCCCGAGGUCGUUUUUAAAGAGUACCUUUAUGCAAAUGGUUUUGCUGAGUCAGCCGUAGCAGUCGGUGAUGAAAUGUCUGAGGAUGACGUCAAGAGCAAAAUAUUGUGCAUUUUUAUAGAGAAACUUGCUAGGUUAACUACUCAUGAAAAUAAUUUUGAGUUUGUUCAAGCUUUUGGCAAUCAAAUAGUUAAAGUAAAUAAUGGGAAAACUUUUGAAGCAUAUUUCCAAACAGGGACCAGUUUAUGUUAGAACACUGGUGGCAGUACCAGGUGCUGGCUUAAAAGGAUGGAUAGCUGACAAAAGUGAAGACUCAAGUGAUGAUGAUUUCUUAAUGUCACCAACAUUUGAAAUGAAAAAUGAGAUAAAGUCAGAUGUGAAGCAAUCUAUGCCUCUGCCUAUUGAAGUCAUAGACUGUGACAAAGAAGAUAAUGAUGGGGAACAAGAGCAAAUUUAUUCAAAAUGCUCAACUUCACCAACAUAUUUGGCUUAAUCACAUUUCAUAGCAUCUGGGAGUAGACCGUAUGGCAAAUGUGUGCAAAUAGUGAAUGACAAAGAAGAGGAAGACAUGCAAUAUGCGCUUCAUGUUUCUUUGGAGGCAAGUCAAAACAUAGCGUUUUAUGAAAUUGAGCAAUUUAAAAUGGGAAUAAAUGAUGUCGGAGGUCUUUUGGACACAAUCAAGACACAUUCUCAUGAAUUCAAACCUUUGUUCACUGAGCUUCCAAAGAAAUUUUCUAGAGAAUCAUUCAAAGCCAUAUACGAAAUUGAGUGGAGUCUAAAAGGUAGUAAUAACAGAAUAAAAGAAGAUGAAGCAAUAUAUUGCUGGGAAAUCUUUUUGAACAAAAUUGAAGACAAUGAGAUGUUCUACCAGACUGAAGUAAAAUCAAUAAUUGUUCAUUUUGAGCAUUUGUUACAGUUUACGACUGGUUCAGAGUCCACCCCACCAACUGGAUUUGAAAAUUCCUUAACAAUAACAUUUUACGAUCAAGAAGAUGGGCAAACUCGGUAUCCAUAUACUUCCACUUGUGCCAUGUCACUUGCACUGCCAAGAGGACAUGAAGACCCAACUAUGUUUGAGGAACUUUUUCUAAGAUCAUUAUUUGACUCAGCGCGUUAAUAUUUUUCUAGUCAAUAAUUAACAAACACACGUUAUAUUGUUGAGUAGUUAAUUUUUUAUCAAUUUUUAAUGGAGUGUCUUGACAAGGUAUUGACACUUGUUCUGCCAUCAUUAUUUCUAAUAUUAGCAUAAUGUUAUCGUUAAUUAAUGCUUUUAAAUGCAUAAAUAACUAAAGUCAUGACAAAUUAACAAAUAGCGUGUUAUA